AGCUCACAUCUGGCUGGGGUUUGCUCUUUGUAUGGGUCCCGCUUUCUUCCUCUCUUCCUUUACUUUUGAGAGAAACCACGUUUCCGCUUCUGGCCAAAGAGACCUUGGAGGCAGCUGAGGAGAUAAAGAAAAGACUCAGCCCCCGAGAGAUGCUUUAAGAGUCAGCGUCCCGAGAGCCCCAGUGGCGGGAGGAUUCGGUUGGCACCGUCGGCUCACCGUCGGCUCAGCUGGACGGAGCAGGAAAAUGGGCUCCUAUGGACAGGGAUACGUGCUGGGAUGCUGCCUGCUGUUGGCCGUUGCCUGGGGCCCAGUCCUGAGCCUUGUGCCCCGUGGCCAGCAGGAACAGCUGGAGUGGGAAGAGGAGGGACCACCCUCUCCUCUGGACCAUAAGAAGAGGGAUGAAGACACACGUGAGAAGUAUAGCCCCAGCCAGGGCAAGGACGCCACUUCCGGGUGCUACCGUUGCUGUGACCCUGGCACGCCUGUAUACCAGUCAAUCCCCCCACCCCAAAUCAACAUCACCAUCCUGAAAGGUGAGAAAGGUGACCGAGGGGAUCGAGGCCUCCAGGGGAAAUACGGGAAAACAGGUUCUGCAGGUGCCAGGGGCCAUAUUGGCCCCAAAGGGCAGAAGGGGUCCGUGGGGGCUCCUGGAGACCGCUGCAAGAGCCAUUAUGCAGCCUUCUCUGUGGGCCGAAAAAAGCCUUUGCACAGUAAUGACUACUUCCAGCCUGUGGUCUUUGACACUCAGUUUGUGAACCUCUAUGAACACUUCAACAUGUUCACUGGCAAGUUCUACUGCUAUGUGCCGGGCAUCUACUUCUUCAGCCUCAAUGUGCACACUUGGAACCAGAAGGAGACGUAUCUGCACAUCAUGAAGAACGAGGAGGAGGUGGUGAUCCUGUAUGCACAGGUGAGCGACCGAAGCAUUAUGCAGAGUCAGAGCCUGAUGCUGGAGCUGCGUGAGCAGGAUGAGGUCUGGGUGCGCCUCUUCAAGGGCGAGCGUGAGAACGCCAUUUUCAGUGAUGAGUUCGACACCUAUAUCACCUUCAGUGGCUACCUGGUCAAGCCAGCCUCUGAACCCUAGCUACCACUCCCCAAGGUACUGUCACAGACUGAUGACCUCCUUGCCUGUCACCCCUGCCCAUUCCUGCAUUCCACGGACACUGGAGUCCUGCCCCAGGCUGACCCCAUCGUCUCUCCCCUCAGUCCUGGCUUCUUUGGCCUUGGUGUCCUUAGUUUUGGUUUUUGACAAGAUGCCCGUGGCCACUGGGAAGUCCAAAGGGCUGUGUGGUCCUGGGUCUGGCUCCUGCCCUCGAUAGAGAGCUGCUGGCAGAUGAAAUCAUCGGGUGGGGUGCCUAUGAGGACUUUGGGGGACCUCCAGCUCCUUCUGUGUACACAGCCUUAGAUGACCCUGUGGUGCACUGUCCUGCGGCCGCAGGGUGUUCCAGAGCACAGCCCCUGUGUGCUCCCAUUCCUGGACGUAAUUAAGCAAACGCCAUGAGUUUCAAAGGAACAAAGUAAAGCAGAGAGACAGGAAAGUGGUGUUUGUUUUGGCCUUUCAGCCAGCUGGCUCUUAGAGAGAGAGAAGGAGGGAGGAAGAGACAGAGAGCGAGAGCGAGAGAGAGCGCUGUACUGGGGAAAGUGGGCCAGAGACCCUGCACAGGAAUGGAUCUACAGGGAAGCAUAGAUGACAAUGGAGGAGCCGCAGUUUGUGGGUUUGGAAGCCGCAUCUGACUUCACUCUAUCAGGCCAUGUGUGAGCUUUCUUGGGGACAGCAGGACUGACCUCUGAGCUCUGUUGACUUGCUACAGCCUUGCCCAGGGGCCUGUCAGUCUUUCUGAGCCACAAUAGUGAAAGGGUUCGGGGAGGGAGGGCAGCAAAUGUCAGCUCCCAAGAGGGGCAGCAGGCCCUCUGUGGGUUGACUCUGGGCUGGGGGCAGCACCCGGCUCACUCCAGCUCACAGCUCCUGACAGUGGCUGGGGACCUCAGGGACUCCUGAACCUGCAGGUUUCUCUAUAAGAAAUAAAGCUCCUAAUAGAUCCCCGCACCUCUCUGCUUUCCUCCACUUCCCUGGGAUGCUCUGGAACCCCAGGUGAGUUCUCCCCCUGCCUGGUGUGGGAUCAGUUCCCAGUUCCUCCUUCCAGAUGGAUCAGCCAUGGAAGGUACCAAGCCUUUGAUUUGGGGUUCUAACAAGCUGCUCCUCACCAGCUUGUGUCCCGUCUUCUCCCUGGUUCAGUGUCCUGUCUGGAUGAUUGAUGUGUUACCACAGGAGCUGAUGGGUCUGACAGGACCACCUAGCCUGACACAGCCCUAGCCAGCCUAUGGCAAUGGGAAAAGGAUUUCUUUUGGGUCCCAGAGCUUGUAAAAGCUAGAGAGUAUAUCCUUCCCAUUUCCAGGUCAAUCCUGAAGUGCUAGAGGAGGAAACAUGAGAUGUGUAUCCCACCACCAGGCUCUGACUCAGGGACGGCUUCAGGGCUGAUUCUCAGAUCUCAGAGAACCUGUGGCCUCUCCGCAUCUCACCCAUGUUGAUGCCAGGGCCUGGGUAUUGGCUAUCUGCUUUGUGCCAACCAGGCUUGUUUGCUGCUGCUUGCUGGCCCUUGGUUAGGACCCCUCUCUUCUUCUGGUGUCUGACUGGUGGGACUCAGCGUUUGCAUAUACCACCUCUGAAGGGGCUUCUGCUGACCAGACCCUCCAAGCCAGUCUCCAUGGGUGUGCCUGCAGCAGAGGCCGCUGCCAGCUGUGCUCUGCCCUGCUCUUUCCAGAAAACAUUAAGCUUGCCAUGGCAAUCUGCAGCAAGCUGGCCUCUUUGUCUGCUCACUGGAUGGAGUCUUCCUCCUGCCCUCUUCCCAUCUAUCACCCACCUUCUGCCUACUAAAGGCUAAUUAUGCCCUCAGCUUUGUACCCAGGGCCGGAAUCGCCAUGUUCCUACCAAGGAGACAUGGAUUUCCUGAGUGUGGCUCAGCAGAGCUGAGCACUAGGGCUGUUUGGUGUGUGGACAGGUCUGGAGACUCACGUGUAGUGACGGCACAUUAUUCUUUUGUACUAGAGUGGGGGGCCCUGGGACGAGCAGUGCAGGUAGCCCCCUGGCCUGGACUACAGCCCAGAAAACUGUAUGACAGUCCUGGGCUGUGUCACAAAGGCCCAGAAACCAGGUGGCUGCAAACAGACAAAUGUCUUCUCAGAGCUCUGGAGGUCAGAGUUCAAAACCCAGGUGUGAGUGAUGUGGUGCUCCCAGCAAGGACGGGGGAGGGCACUUCCUGCCACCUGUAUUUACAGGCAUUCUUUGCCUGGAGGGAGGGACCUUAUCAGUCUUCCUGUCCUGACUCUAUGUGACCUGCUUCCCACAGCUUGUCUUCCUUUCAAGAACACUUAGGGCUUCAUUCAGGGUCUCCCCUAAAUCUAGGACUCACUCUCCAGAUCUCCAGAUUUAUCUUAAAACACAUCUGCUAAAGGGAUUUGUGAAUGGGCAGGCGCUGGAGGCCAGUGCGUGCUUGUCUCUUUUGGGGAUCCUAGUGAAGCUUGUUGUGAUAACCCACGACUUUGGGCACUGGUAACAGCCCCUCUGUGUCCCCAUGGUGAAGAGUAGGCACUUCUUCUUUUCAUUGCUGGCCAGCGAGGUCAGCAGCCAGCCCCACCAGCAGCUGGCUUGGAAGCUGGAAUCGGCAGCUUGGCAAACAGCUGGCCUUCUGCCUCUGCCUGGUGCUGGGAGCCCAUGCGGCCACACUCAGCCUUGGAAUGGGGCCAAAAUGGAGCAGGUGGACAAGGGCCCUGGUCAAAAAGUGAGUUCCCUUCUCCGCAGUGUGGAAGCUGUUGGGCAGAGAAGAGGCCUUACAGGUGCCCAGGAGUGGGGCCGGUGCUUUUCCCAAAGGGACCUGGAAGGAAUGUGUUGGCCCCAUUCAAGGGCAACUGGCAGCCUGCUCUCCUGUCCUGUGGCCUGGGUACAUUCAGUACACAGCUGGCCUGGCCAUGGGGAGGAAGGGAGCAUUUACUCUGGUGCCCAUCUGAUGCUUUCCCCUACUCCCACCUUGUUUUUUUCUUUCUUUUUUUAAAAAGGCUCUCAUGUAGGCCAGGCUGAUCUUGAACUUAUUAUAUAUGAAUAAGCCUGACCUUGAAUUCCUGACCCUCCUGACUCCACUUCCUGAAUGCCAGGAUUACAGGUGUGCCCCAACUCGCCUAACCUUUUAAAAUGUUAGCAUAUAUUAAUUAUAUAUAAUAAAGAGUUUCCUUAUGA